ACCGGAAGCGCGAGGACGCGGUGCCCGUCAUGGUGGCCGCCUGGCCCGCGGGUCGGGCUUCCCCAGCGGCAGGGCCUCCGGGCCUCCUUCGCACUCUGUGGCUCGUGACGGUCGCCGCGGGACACUGGGGGGCUGCUGCCUCCGGCGCCGUCGGGAGCGAGGAGACGCCCAAGUGUGAGGACCUCAGAGUGGGACAAUAUAUUUGUAAAGAACCAAAAAUAAACGAUGCUACGCAAGAACCAGUUAACUGUACAAACUACACAGCUCAUGUUCCGUGUUUUCCAGCACCCAACAUAAUUUGUAAAGAUUUCAGCGGUAAUGAAACACAUUUUACUGGAAAUGAAGUUGGUUUUCUCAAGCCCAUAGCUUGCCGAAAUGUAAAUGGCUAUUCAUACAAAGUGGCAGUUGCAUUAUCUCUUUUUUUGGGAUGGCUGGGAGCAGAUCGAUUUUACCUUGGAUACCCUGCCUUAGGCUUGCUAAAGUUUUGCACCGUGGGAUUUUGUGGAAUUGGGAGCCUAAUUGAUUUCAUUCUUAUUUCAAUGCAGAUUGUUGGACCUUCAGAUGGAAGUAGUUACAUUAUUGACUAUUAUGGAACCAGACUUACAAGACUCAGCAUUACUAAUGAAACAUUUAGAAAAACACAGUUCUACCCAUAAGUGUUUGAGAAGAGGAUCAGAUUUGAGCCUCCUUGAUUUCAAUAGAGAGCCCCGUAUAUGUGGAAUUCCAGAUUUUCCUUUUCCUUAAGUACCACUUUUGGGUGUGGAUGAUGUUUUGGUGUGUGCUCAAUUUUGAUUUGUUGAUUUAGCUAAAAGUAUUAUUCCUUUUAUUUAAUAGUCUUUCUCAAAAAUCAGUAUAAUAGUUUUUUGUGGGCUUCUGUCUCUAUGAGAUAGCGACCCUAUUCCUGUUACUGUUAUUAUUUUACUGUACUGUCCUUUACAUGUCACGUGACAUUUUUAUUUGUGAAAAAUAAAAAUUAUAACUUAUUGACAUUUUA